GCGGCUGCGCGGCUGCAGUGGCAGCGGCUCCCGCAGCGACGCCGCUUCGCUGGGAGCCGGCUGCGGGCCGGGCCGAGCCGGGCGAGGGGUGGGACAGGACAGAACGGGGGAGGCCGGGCGGGGACCGCGGGGUUAGCCGGCCAGAAACGCAGGAUGUCGGCGACGCUGUACCUGCUCUCCACUCUGGGCGGAUAUGUCCUCACCUCUGCGUUUUUCCUCAAGUGUCCGGGACUGCUCCACCGGCCCAAGCGGCAGCGCUUCCGAUGCCGGCACAUCUCCCACCGCGGCGGUGCUGGAGAGAACCUGGAAAACACGAUGGCAGCCUUUCACCACGCGGUUAAUUUAGGAACAGACAUGCUGGAGCUGGAUUGUCACCUGACAAAAGAUGAGCAAGUGGUUGUGUCCCAUGAUGAGAACCUGAAGAGAUCAACAGGAGUUGAUGUCAACAUAUCAGACCUCAAAUACUCUGAGCUUCCACCAUAUCUGUGCAGGUUGGAUGUCACAUUUCAGAAAGAGUGUCACUGUGAGGGAAAGGACAAGCGUAUUCCACUCCUGAAAGAGGUGUUUGAGGCCUUUCCACAAACUCCUGUCAACAUUGACAUCAAAGUGAACAACAACGUGUUGAUCAGAAAGGUUUCAGAGCUGGUGAGUCAGUACAAGCGAGAGCAUUUGACAGUGUGGGGGAAUGCCAAUUACGAGAUUGUAUCCAAGUGUUUUAAGGAGAAUGCUGACAUUCCCAUCAUCUUCUGUUUGCAACGUGUCCUCCUGCUUCUUGGCCUCUUCUACACUGGUCUGCUGCCAUUCAUUCCUUUCAAGGAAGAAUUCUUGGAAAUCCCCAUGCCUUCAAUCAUCCUCAAGCUGAAAGAACCACAUAAGAUGACAAGAAGCCAGAAAUUUAUUAUCUGGCUAGCUGACACGCUGCUAAUGCGGAAGGCACUGUUUGACCACCUCACUGCUCGGGGCAUUCAGGUGUAUAUUUGGGUGCUGAAUGAAGAACAAGAGUACAAGAGAGCAUUUGAUCUGGGAGCAACUGGAGUGAUGACAGACUAUCCAACAAAACUGAAAGAGUUUUUACACCAUUAUCCAGCAUAAAGGCAGGAAGUGAAGGAAAUUCUUGAGCAGGUUGAGCCAAGGAUUUUCUUCAUUACAAAAGUGUAACAAACAAUUGAGCAGCACACACAGAUUUUGGUUGGAAGAUGUAGUUGGAUGAUCUAUUACCUUGUCAGAUUGCUACUACCUAAUGUAAAGGCUGUCUAUUUAUUUUAAAACUUUAAUGACAUAGUUUACAUUUGUAAAUAGCUCAUUUAGCACCAGCACACUUCACAGAGAGUGAUGACUAGGAUGGAAGUUGCUGGGCAGGAUGCUUGUAGAUAAAAAGCAUUGCUUGACCUGUCACAAACGUUCCUGAGCAGAUGUCAGGACAUGUCAGUUAUUGCAGCUCUAUUCUAGUGGGCAGAAGCUAAAGAGUUUCUGAAAGAGUAUCCUGUGUGUAGACAUUUUGUGUAUUGCUUUUAGCUUUCUGAUAACUUGGAGGGUGAAAAUGAAGGUGAAAAUGAAGAAAAUUUCUCCACACAGGAGAAAUAGGAAGGAAAAUCUGUGGCUAGCCAGAUAGCUUAGGCUGUGAAGUGUAGGCAGUAAAGGCAGUCACUUUUUUUUACCAAAAUUAACUCAGUAGAGAUUUACUUUAUUACUCUUACUGAUAUGAAUGUUGAGUUUGAGUUGCAGCUGUAUGUACACCCUUUCCUGAUGUGAUGGCAAUACUGUGCCCUAUCCCUCAAGGUCUAGAUCUAGUAUUUAAGCUAGGUUCUGGACUUAACACUUGAUUUCCACUGCAAGGGUUUGGGUUUGCCCCCGGUUCUGAUCUGCCUGUCAGGCUGCCAUGGCAUGGCAGUAGCUAGCUUUCCAGAAAAGAAGAUUACACUUACUGUAGAUUACACUUACUUGGAAAUGGCCUUUUCACAAAGGAAACCAAUGUUUUAGAAGUCUUUUGCAUAUUUAGAGUUCUGACAUUUGUUUGGCUUGAUGAAUGGGAAGUUGCUUUGAGGGUGAGGGACCAAAGACGACUAGGUUUUGGUCAGGAGUUUCAGGAGCAAGUUGAAGUGUUCCUAAUAAGUGAAUUCACCCAAAGCAGCUUUAGAUGCAUACUUACAAAAAGGAGCAGAUGUCAGUCUAGAACAUGUGUACAUUUUAGUCUUUUCUCUCUCCACAAAGCUACACUCAAUAUUCACCAAGUUGUACGUGCAUGGACAUGCAAUAACUUCGCUGGCAAAAGCCAGGAAACCCCCAGAGUGAUGGAAUGAAGAUAAAUGGGAAGGUAUUUCUGGAAGCUUCCAAGCUG